AUGUCAAUAAUCCAUCAUCAUCAAUUUGUUUCAAAUCUUCUUCGAGAUGGUGUAUCUCAUGCAAUGAUUAAGAUUCUCGAAGAACAACGUAUUACUGAUGAAGAUUUACAAACAAUCGAUCGUGAUGAUAUCGAACAUUUAUUUAAAAAUGAAUAUGGUUUUACAUUUCGUGAUCGUAAACGAUUUUGGAGUUCCAUACAAAAAUUUCAACCAAAAAAUACACAUAAUAACGUCGUUUAUAUAGAAGCCGAAGAUGAAUCUCCUGAUAUUUAUGAAGUAAAUAGUAUUGAAUCUCCAAAUUAUCAUUUAAGAGAACAAUAUAUUCCAUUGCCAUCAUCAUCAAAUAUUCCUUCAUCGGUAAGGAUAUAUAAUCAUUCCAAUACUGAUAUUCAAAACCCUAUAUUUGGAGAAAACAGUUCUUCAAAUAGUAAUGAUAGUCUCAGAAAAAUAGCAGUAUCAUUACCUAUUUAUGAUGCAUUUAUUGAAAAUUCUUCACCAAAAUCAUCAGCAAAUUUUGAAUUUAAAUAUCCAGUUGAAUUACCAAGAUUUUCACAAAAAGUUACAAAAGCUUUUGAAGCAAAUGAUAUUGAAACUGAAUGGAAAACAUUAAUAUAUGAACUUGUUCAAUGGAUAUUAAGUACAAAAGCGAAUUCUCUAGCCAGACGUGAAUGUCAAGCUAUUGGAGAGACUUUAUUUAAAAAAUAUCCAUGUAUUGGUAAAAAUGGUUAUCGACCAUGGUCACGUUUAUGUAAAUGUAUUACACGAAGUCUUCGUAAAGAAAGAACUCGAAAAGAUUCAUUACAUACAUAA